AUGUCAUCGACCAAAGCCGGACAGGUGCCAUCCGUCGGUGCCGCUCCAGCUCUCGCCACCAGCCCCCGCAAUGUCGCUAUCACCCUCAAAAGGGCAGCAUCGAAUCUGUCCACGACAUGCUCGUCGGACGAGAUCCAAGUCAUCGACGAGCAACAACCCGCUAUCGCAAUCCGCCCGCCGGUCGAGCCGGGAUACGCGAACCGCCACUCCGAACUAGAAUGCGGCAGCGUCCACGCGUGCCGACGCCAUCCAUCCCCUCUGUACGAACGACGCAAGCAGGACGAUCUCGACCUGCUCGGCGACUCUCUCGACAAUGGACCUUGCGCGAGCGAUGCCUUCUGCAGGCAAGAUGCGUACACAAGGGGUCGUGCCCGUGGCACCAAGCGACUACCUUAUCCGAAGCCAACAGACUCCAAGCGAUGCGGGCAGCCAUGGCAGACGGGCGGACAUCGUGUGCUGAGGCUGGAUCACGACCGUCAAGACGUCGGCAAUGGUCUCAAUGCCUGUACCUACACCUGCUUCGAGAGCGAGGACGGGAGCCAUGCUUCUGGCGGCCGCACUCCCGCAAAGCACAGUUCGCUGCUUCCGCCGAGCCCGUUCGGAGCCGAGCACGAGGCUGUGGUCUUCGAUAAUUUCGAGGAGUCUGGUCCCACAACGCCUGCAUCCGAAGCGGAUGCAGACGCCAAGGACCCCUUUGAUACGCACUUGCGAUUUGUGCGCCCAGCACUCCCAAUCUGCGCCAACCCUGGCGCGUUCGCCGGGCUCGAAUCCGCCAAUGAGACAGCAGUCUCUUGCUCGGACGGAUCGGAAGGGGACUCUCGGACAAAGCAAGUCUGCAACACGAGCGACAGAGUCCGCCAAGCACGCCAUCAUCGUGCCGUCAGCGAGCUCUUCGGGGGCCCGAUGGCGCCCAUUGGAGCGAAUGAUAUGCGGGCCACGCGUCGACGGGCAACGAUCGGAUCGGACGCCGCGCACCCUCGUCGAUUCGCAAACCUAGCGCGACGCGGCGAUCAGUCUGCCUGA